AUGUCGAAAGCUGCGAGUAAACGCAACAGGUUCGCUGAGCUUCGAGCUCUGCGGGCCUCCGGAAAGAAGGCCUACGACUCGUAUGAGGUUGCCGAGGAGCAGGAUCUAUACGAAGAAGUCGACGAGAAUCAGUACAAGAAGAUCGUUCGAGACCGCCUUAAUCAAGAUGACUUCGUCGUCGACGACAAUGGUGAAGGGUACGCCGACGACGGCCGGGAAGAUUGGGAUCGUGUUCAGACGUACAACUCGGAGAGCGACGAUGACAUGCCCCAUGCACCCAAGGACCGCAAAUCAGACAAGCGGAAACGCGACGAGGAGAAGGCGAAACGAGACGCGAGCGACCGCGACAUCAGCGAAUAUUUCAUGAAAGGGCAGGCCGGUGCUCAACCGAAGCCAAAGGUUGCGAAAACCAAAGACGAUGAAAGAUUCCUGGCAGACUUGCUGGGCGAGGUCGACGCCAACGUUCCCGCGCCUGUGUCCCGAGCCUCCAAACGACAUAGAUCCCCUGAAAGGCGACGCGCUCGUGCACUGUCGCCCGUUCGAGAAGCUCGACAGCCGAUGCCCAAGAAAGCCAGGCUCAGCGAAGAGCGACUACCGCCAAACCCCCAAGCUGAAGAUGUCUACGACGACGACGACGACGACGACGACGGGUUCAUGGCACCUAUGGAUGAUGAUCUCCCGCCGCUCCCUACAGAUGUUACCAUGAGCGAUUCGGUACCGGCCCCGUCCUCUCCGGCAACCAAGGCAGUCGCUCGUAAAGCUCAGAUGAAACCUGAAGCGGCAGAAGAGGAAGACGAAGAGAUUAUGGAGGUUGCCCAUGCUGGUGCUACCAAUACAGCCAGUGUCAACUUAUCCGCAUCGCGACACAUCAAGAAACUAGCCAAGCCGGUGGACCCUUACCCUUCACCGGCCAGCUCUUCGCCUUCCAAGGCUCCGGAGACGACUGUCGAUUCCUCUUCAUGGAACAACCUGACGGAUAAGCUGAAUGUCGUUACCAGUUCGCCCCCUGCAGCUCGAACCAUCGGGAAGAUGGACUACAAGGACGCCAUCGAGGAAGAUGGCAGCCUCAAUAUGUUCUGGACAGACUACACCGAGGUCAAUGGAUCGCUUUGCUUAUUUGGUAAAGUGCUCAACAAGAAGACUGGCGCGUAUGCCAGCUGCUACGUCAAGAUCGACAACAUCCUGAGGAAACUAUAUUUCCUACCACGCCAAUUUCGCCAGAGAGAUGGACGCGACACGAGCGAAGAGGUAGAGAUGAUGGACGUCUACUGGGAGGUGGACGAUAUCAUGACCAACAUGAAGGUCGACAUGCACAAGAUCAAGGCUUGCACACGGAAGUACGCCUUUGAACUCCUUGGCAUUCCCAGGGAAGGGCAGUAUCUCAAACUACUCUACCCUUAUAAGAAAGCGCAACCAAUUGCUCCCGAAACCAAGGGCCAAACGUUCUCCCAUGUCUUCGGCACCAAUACUGCGCUCUUUGAACAGUUCGUGCUGUGGAAGAACAUCAUGGGCCCAUGUUGGCUCAAAAUCAAGGACGCCGACUUUGGUACAUUGAAAAAUGCCUCCCACGCCAAGCUCGAAGUUCUCGUCAAUAGUCCGGAUACGGUAUCUUCGUUGGCUGAAUCGGACAACCUUGAUGCUCCUCCUCUUACACUGAUGAGUCUGGCUAUGCGGACUACCUACAACGCCAAGGCGAACAAGCAAGAAAUCUUUUCAGUCAGUGCUCGCAUAUACGAAAACGUCUUGCUCAGCGACACCACCCCUGCGGAAAAACUGCCUUCGCGGACUUUCACGCUGAUCAGACCUAAUGGCACCGCAUUUCCGACUGGGUUUGAGAAGCUGGCCUUGGGAAGGAAGAAGGGCCUGAUCAAGCUGAUGAAGCAAGAGUCUGAGAUCUUGUCGUUCUUCUUGGCGCAAAUUGACCUCGUCGACCCCGAUGUGAUACUUGGACACCAGCUCGAAGGUGUGGACUACAGUGUUCUGCUGAACCGGCUGCACGAGAAGAAGACUCCCCAAUGGUCACGACUUGGCCGACUGCGCCGGACGCAAUGGCCAACAUCCAUCGGAAAGGUCGGUGGCAACGUCUUCGCUGAGCGUCAGCUCAUGGCUGGCCGUUUAUUAUGCGACCUUGCCAAUGAUGCCGGAAAGUCGGUCAUGACCAAGUGUCAGUCCUGGAGCUUGACCGAAAUGUGCAGCAUCUACCUCGGUGGAGACACACGCCGAAGGGACGUCGACAACGAGGCUGCUCUGAAGACAUGGGCUACGGAGAAGACGGGUCUGAUGGAUUAUGUCACGCAUAUGGAAGCAGACACGUACUUCGUCGCUGCGCUCGCUCUGAGAACUCAGAUGUUGCCUUUGACCAAGGUUCUGACCAACUUGGCCGGCAACUCGUGGGCCAGAACAUUGACAGGCACCCGAGCUGAGCGGAACGAGUACAUUCUGUUGCAUGAGUUUCAUCGCAACAAGUACAUCUGCCCGGACAAGCAGUUCUUCAAAGCGCGACCCAAGGCCGAAGAAGAGAACAACGAGCAAGAUGCCGCCGACAGCAAGAAGAAGGAUAAAUACAAGGGAGGUCUGGUCUUCGAGCCGGAGAAGGGCCUUUAUGACAAGUUCGUGCUUGUCAUGGACUUCAACUCUCUGUAUCCUUCUAUCAUCCAGGAGUUCAACAUCUGUUUCACAACUGUUGAUCGGACCGCACUGUCUGAUGAUGAUGAUGCCGUGCCAGAAGUUCCAACCGACCAGGACCAAGGCAUUCUGCCGAAGCUCAUUGCUACCCUGGUCAGCCGGCGACGCUCAGUCAAGUCACUCAUGAAGGGCAAGAAUGCCACAUCUGAGCAGCUUGCAACUUGGGACAUCAAGCAGCUUGCCUUGAAACUGACAGCCAACUCUAUGUACGGCUGUUUGGGAUACACAAAAUCCCGCUUCUACGCUAGGCCACUCGCUGUCCUCACUACCUACAAAGGCCGUGAGAUUCUUCGCAGCACCAAAGAACUUGCCGAGUCCAAGGCUUUGCAAGUCAUCUACGGUGACACGGACUCUGUCAUGAUCAAUGCCAAUGUCGAGUCAGUGGCUGAUGCUCUCAAAGUCGGCACAGAGUUCAAAAAGGCCGUCAACGAGCGGUAUCGUCUACUUGAGAUUGAUAUUGACAAUGUCUUCCGGCGAAUACUGCUGCAGGCCAAGAAGAAGUACGCGGCUAUCAACCUCGUCGAAGUGCCUGGCGGCAAAUACAUCGAGAAGAUGGAAGUCAAGGGUCUCGAUAUGAAACGGAGGGAAUACUGUGCUCUUUCCAAGGAGAUAUCCUCACGUAUUCUCAACGAGAUACUCUCUGGGGACGAGACUGAAGUCUGUGUCCAACGCAUACACGAGUACCUGCGGGAAAUAUCGGCAAACAUGCGCGAACACAGCAUCCCUGUCGAGAAGUACAUCAUAUACACACAGCUCGGAAAGGGGCCGAAGGAGUACCCCAACGCAGACUCGAUGCCUCAAGUCCAAGUAGCUCUACGAGAGAUCGCACGGGGCAAGAACGUUCGUCGUGGAGAUGUUAUCUCGUACGUGAUCACUGGAGAUAGCAAGACCACUUCAGAGCCUGUCGCCAAGCGCGCAUACACGCCGCAGGACGUGAAGAAGGCGGACUCAGGCCUUACGACAGAUAUCGAGUGGUACAUGGGCAAGCAAAUCUUCCCACCUGUCGAGCGUCUCUGCGCCAACAUCACGGGCACAUCAACCUCACAACUCGCCGAGCAACUGGGUCUCGACAUCCGCCGCUACGCCAACUCAUCCAACCAGUCCAGCUCCAAUGAUCUCGAGAUUCACCCUCUCGAGUCCCAGAUCCCUGAUGAGGUCCGCUUCAGCGACUGUACCCGCCUCGCCCUGCGUUGUCGCAAAUGCAAGACGUCGUCUCCCUUUGAGGGCCUGCUCUCGACGGCGCAUCCCGACCGCGUAACGCCGCAGGGUAUCUCAUGCUCGUCGUGCGCAACGGUCAUCCCAAACCUCAGCAUCGUCGCGCAAGUCGAGCACGCCGUCCGCACCGCAACCUCGCGCUACUACGAGGGCUGGCUCGUGUGUGACGACGCGUCGUGCGGCAAUCGCACACGCCAGAUGGCCGUGUACGGCACGCGGUGUAUGGGCCCCAAGGGCCUGGCCUCGGGCUGCCUCGGCCGCAUGCGCUACGAGUACAGCGAACGCGACAUCUACAACCAGCUCGUCUACCUCGCGUCGCUGUGGAACGUCGAGAAAGCACGCGUGAAAGCAGCCUCGGGUGCCGCCGGUCAGGGCGGCGAGGGCAAUGCGGGCGCGCUGAGCGCCGCUGAGAAGGACCGCGUUCUCGCGCUUGCUGAGCACAACCGCGUCCGCUUUGGUACUGUGAAGGCCGUCGUGGAUAGGUAUCUCGAUAAGUGCGGCCGCCAGUGGGUCGCUAUGGACACGCUGUUUGGGAAGCUUGGGUUCACGGCUGUUACUGUCUGA